AUAAGUCACUAGAUGAAUUGAUGGUGGAGCAAUUUAGUGCCGGAGAGAUGCCUUUCCCAGGCAAGAUUUAAACUCCUAGUGUUUUUUUUUUUUUUAAAUCAAAUUCCGUUUUGUUCUUUUGGAGAAAGAUUAAUUUUGCCGAAUUUUAAAGCUUCAACUCUUUUUUUAUGAAGGCAAAAAUAAAUCUCUCCAGUCCACGCCUUUUUAGCUCUCCAAAGAUUACCACUAAAAUGCGUCCAUGUUAUAUUUUUGUCUGGGAAAACAGAACUUUUAGACAUUCCUGCACCCACGGGAUGACUCUGAAUCCCGUCAGAUCAGGAAAAGCAUGAAAAAGCCUCAAAGCCUUUUGGUCGAAGAUGCCGGGGAGAAGUAAACCCAAAGCACGUCUUUUUCACUCCGCUCCUGAACCCCUCCCCCCAAACCUAGGACUCCCCGUUUGACUGUUCAGCAGUUCCGAUACCAACGAUUUACAACGGUGAGGAGCUGGGUCUGAUUGAGCCAACCUCAAUUCAAAAAGACCCUCACAGUGACACAGCAAAUAAGCCCUGGACGAGCCCAUGAGUUCAGCCUGGGCUUCGGCCGCGCUACAGCUCUACCUGCAGGCACGAUCUGAUUUGUAUCCACUGUGAUCAGCACUCUCAACUAGGACUUUCCAGAUCCUGACCAGGACUGCAGAGUGACCAGAUUCCUCACAAGAAGGAGACGGUGAUUUUGGAUUCCUUGGUGGAGGAAAACAAAACCCUCUGGUCUUGCUUCCAAUGAUGCAAGUGUGAUUGCUGGCAUCUUCAUGAGCUCCAGAGGUCACAGCACGCUUCCACGGACUCUCAUGGCCCCUCGGAUGAUUUCUGAGGGAGACAUAGGAGGCAUCGCUCAAAUCACCUCCUCUCUCUUCUUGGGCAGAGGCAGCGUGGCCUCUAACCGGCACCUCCUUCAGGCUCGUGGCAUCACCUGCAUUGUUAAUGCUACCAUUGAGAUCCCCAAUUUCAACUGGCCCCAGUUUGAAUAUGUUAAAGUGCCUCUGGCUGACAUGCCUCAUGCCCCCAUCGGACUGUACUUUGACACGGUGGCUGACAAGAUCCACAGUGUGAGCAGGAAGCAUGGGGCCACCUUGGUGCACUGUGCCGCGGGGGUGAGCCGCUCAGCCACCCUCUGCAUUGCUUACCUGAUGAAAUGCCACAGUGUGUGCCUGCUGGAAGCCUACAACUGGGUGAAGGCCCGCAGGCCUGUCAUCAGGCCCAACGUCGGCUUCUGGAGGCAGCUGAUAGACUACGAGCGCCAGCUCUUUGGGAAGUCGACGGUUAAAAUGGUACAGACACCUUAUGGCAUAGUUCCAGACGUUUAUGAGAAAGAAUCCCGACACCUGAUGCCUUACUGGGGGCUGUAAUGCCACCACAGCCUGCAUCAGCAGCCCCUUGAGCAGUACCAGCAUCUGCUACACACCGUCUAUUCCCCUCUUCACCUUCCUUUUCAAAUGGUGGACUGUUGGUUCUCCCUGAAGUGUUUUUUACACUGGGUGUUCAAGUUUAUUUUAAAAGAUAGGGAGGGAGGGGAAGAAUAUAAGGGGAAUGCAUACAUUGCUAGUAACAUUUUUAAAACUAACAUUUUGGAAUAGUGUUUAUGAAAAUCUUUAACUGGCUUUUAAUCAUUUUUAACAAUUUGAACAGUUUAAUAAACUGUUUGGUUCUGCUGUAUUCUGAAUCCCAGGCCUUUAGGCAUCAUGGCAGGUGCGGGAGGAGCUCAGUGCAAAAAUCACUUUGGGUCCUGAUGAACCCUUUAGAGACCAGCUUUGCCCAAGGCUGCCGACCAAACGCUUAGGGAAGAUUGAUACCAGCUUCAGUCUCUACUGGAUUAGCCCUACUCUUUCCUUUCCUAUUAUUUAGUGACUCUGUAAGUUAAAAAAAAAAACCUUUAUUAUCUAGUUGUUAAGUAAUUAUAAUGAAAUCUGCUGCAAAUACCCUCUUGGAAUCAUUGUGCCCCAGGACUAUAUUAGCAUUAUUUUUAAUAAAUAUAUCUGCAUAACGUAUUAGAA